UCAAGCUACGUUUCUGUGGUGAAAGACGUGCACGUUGUGCCGAAGUUUCCCUUGUGCGAAGCGGCACCUGUUCCUCUGUGGUAGUUUCCCUCCCCCUGUUUUUCCCUCCCACUCCGGAGGUUUUUGCCCGUGCCGCAACGAGUGUGUUUUUAUCGGGCUUUUCUUUGGAGCUUAGUGUGAAGUGUGUGAAAUUUUCGCGUGUAAUCACCAAGAAUGUCGACGGCACUGCGUUCCUCGUGAGUAUUUUCCGUAACGGUGUGCGUGCGUGUGUGUUUGUGGUAGGGAAAUAAGGUCCUUUGACCCAUCAUGUAACAGCGAAGGGAUAGUGCGAGGAAUUGCUGCUGUGCAUCGUGUUCCUCGCGCCCAUUUUCCUCUCUCAAUUUCCAAUAAAGUUCCAAGAAAAGUUGAUAUUCGAUGCAGAGUAUGGAAAGUCUAUAUUCGAACAGUUCCAAGUUUUCCGCGCUUCAUCGCCGCAAGGCGGCUGCUAGGCAACCGGCCAUCGUGAUUGCGUCCAACAGCGAUGUGCGGCACCGGGUAAUGUCGGCGCGAAUGUUGCGCCUGAAGCAGAUGCAGAACCAGCUGGAGGCGGCCAAUAUGGUCAUUGCGGAACUGACCAAGGAUAAUCGUCUGCUGAAAUCGGUACAGAAACGGCAGGAUUCGGCCCUCUCCAAGUACGUCAACUCGAACGCCGAGCUUCCAAAGCUGCUCAAUUCGCACGCGGAAGAGAUCCGAACCUGGCAGACCAAGUAUCGGAACCUCCAGAACCAAAACAGGGAGCUGAAUGGGAAGCUGAAGGCAAAGGAUGCACACAUACUUACGAUUACGGAUCAGAACAAGCACCUGGUGCAGCUCAACAAAGAUAAACAUUUGGAAGAACGCGAAAGACUGGCAGACAGGGUACGGUAUUUAGAGAACAGGCUGAUGGAGAAAGACAACGAUGCCAAAUUACUCGCUAGGAGACUGCAGCUGGAGACGAAAAACUUCAAGGCACAGCUACAGCAGGAAGUGUUGAAGCAGCGUGAGAUGGCACAGAAGCUCGAACGGGCACAUCAUGAGAUCAAUCGCUUGAACUCUGUUAUUGAGAUAUACGAGAAACGCACUCCUUCAACCUUACUGAAGAACAGCAGCUUUCUGAUGAAGACGACACCGAAACCAUCUUCGGCCCAGCAGCAGCAGCAGCAGCAGCAGCAGCAACAGCAACAAAUUGUUCGAUUUUCAAACGGCACCACACACAAGUCACCUUUUCCGAACUUUUCUGAACCUUCGCCUGUGACGAAUCUGGACAUGAGUCCGAAAAUCAAACCCGUCCACGAAGGCGAAGGCGAUAACAAAUCUCCCGUUCCGAGUCCAAGAACGCUCCAACCCCUAUCACCACAUCAUGAGGACACACCUCCCGUUCCACAGAAUUCAUCCAAACCCAGAAAGAAACACAGCUCAAGGAAGCAAAAGGCGGACAACCACUCGGAUGAGGCCAGCACCAAUGGAAAGCCGGAUGAGCACCAGUACGACGAGGGCAUGUGCACCGAGUUCAACCAGUACGCGCUGGAGCAGGAGGCCGAAUUUGAUAAGGCAAUCGCGUCGGAACUGUUCCGUUUGCAAACGGAAAUGGGUUCCGGUACAGCGAAGCUACCGAAAAGCCAAACCUCCAACCGUUACAGCGCGACUACGGAAACAUCGUACGAGGAUGAUUACGAAACGGACCGAUCGCCGGAAAAGACCGUUGAUCAUCUGAGUGAAAUAUUCAAGCAUAAGGCACACAUCAGCGAAAUCGAGGAACAGUUCCGCGAGGUUAGCUCCUCGGCCACCACGAAUGGUUAUUCAACUGCCAAGGACAGUGUGAAGCUGCGGAGCGUGAAGAAACGGAUCGUCACCUCGUCCGAGACGAACGAUUCGGACUCGAUCGAUAGUGCGAGCCGUUCGUCGGCGGUGAAAGAUUUGGAGGCGAUGAAGCAGGAAAUGCAUCAGAGCAUCAUGAAGAAGGAAGCACUGCUCGAUACGUUUUGUGACGAGUUUAAUGGGAAGGAGGUGGUUCGUGCACCGCCGCCACAGCUGAACCGACCCAAGCUGGACAACACGAAGCGUGCGCCGAUAGAUCCUAAAAAGAAGCAAAACUUGCUGGAAGUGCUGAAGGCAAUCGAUGGUGAUAGUUUCGAGAAAUGAGUGUCCUUUUCGUGCAGGCGGGGUGGGAUGCGGAAAUAAUGCUUGAACGAUUGAAAUUGAUGUAUCCUAUUUAUUGGCCGUAUCCGCCAGGGACAGUGACAAAGAUUUAUUUUAUAAUAAAAGCGUAUCUUUGAAUGGAAA